CUUAUGCAGGCUAUCGAAGGGUCACUCAAGCGGCUGUUGCAGUCAUUGUCUACUCCAGCUGUCGAGAAAGAUGCACUCGACCGGCUCGUCUCAACAGCAAUCGCGGAAGUCGAGUCAAAGACUUCGGCUGACAACAGGAGGACGCAAUGGGAGUACGCGCUUCGACAUGAAGUGUUCACAUUGGCUGCGACGGAAGGUCUUGCGUUGAAGGACCCAUCGACAGCCUACUACGACAACUUGAAGCUCAGGCUGGACUUAGUCCUUUCGUUCACUGAGAAGGACGCCUGCGACCAAAUAUUCCCAUUCAACCUCUUAUACGAGCUGCUCGAGACUCAAACCAUCCCGUCAUGCUCGCACAUAUUCUCCUGGAUUGAGAGUCGCGCAGACAGGCUGACGGAAAACAUGGUUCCGCAGAAAGGCAAGGCUCUCGUACUUCUACGCACGCUGAACGACCUACUUCGCCGACUUUCGAAGACAGGCUCGACAACUCUGUUUUGCGGUCGAAUCUUGACUUUCCUCAGCCAAGUCUUCCCGCUUGGCGAGCGAAGUGGUGUCAACCUGAGGGGAGAGUACGGACCUACGUGGGAUGGGCCGGGUGUGAAGGAGGAGACGGAGGACGUAAAGAUGGACACCGUGGAAGAGGUUAAGCAAUUGGAGGACAAGAUGCAGGUCGACGGGGAAGCACCGAAGGAUGGAGCGAAAGAAGAAGCAAAUGAAGAGUCUCCUAACCCUGAUGAGAAGAAACAACAACAGAAAGACGAGUUCUACAGGACGUUCUGGUCUUUGCAGCUGCCCUUCUCGAGACCAUCUGUCUUCACAGAGCCGCAGACUUUCGACCAGUUCAAGACAUCUAUGAACAAGAUACUGCCGGUUAUCAAAGAGGCGACUGCGAAGGAGCGAGCACUUAUGGGUAGCAAAGCAAACUCCGGAUCAUCUCUGAAGCGAAGACGCGAGCCCGAGGUCAACAUCGACACCGCGAACCAAGGCUACUUAUUUGCUAAAUACCUCACAAGUUUAGAAUUGUUGGACCUUGAGAUCGCGGACACACACUUCCGCCGCCAGUUCCUCUUCCAGCUACUCAUCUUGCUCAACCAUCUACUCACUUUCACAAAAGCGACAAAGAUAACAUGGUCGACCCCUCGGAAUCGUUCUCUACAGAUGGACUUCACUCUUGGGCCGGACGACGAGAAGUGGGUGCACGAGGCUAUUCAGAAGACGAACGAGGAGCUUCGGCAGACAACUCCAAACGGGCGCGUUUUUGCGGAGACCGUGGCCGUUAUUCUCGAACGGGAGAAGAACUGGAUACGAUGGAAAAACGAAUUAUGUACGCCAUUCGACAAGGCUCCUUGGGUGCAGGACAUCGACGUCGAGGUGAAUGGUCAGCUUGUGAAGAGGCGGAUUGGACUCGAGGAGGCAACCAGGGAAGUUCGACGGAAGAUGAUGCAGGAUCCUGAAGAUUAUCCUCAUACACAUGGUACAGCGGCGCUCACUGAGAUCUGGGAGAUGGGUUACCGAGACCUGUCAGAUUUGGAACGUCCUUUCCAGCCAGGGGACGUGCAAGACUUCGUCAAGAAAGUCAAGCAGGAGGAUGCCAGGAUCGAGAUGCGCAAAAAGCAACUCGCAAGAAAUUCGGAACGAAUCGUUCAGGCCCGUGCCAAGGCCGCUGCGGCCUCGGCUGCAGCAUCGGCCGCUGCGUCUCCUGCUCCAGCAUCCACAUCAUCACAAGAGCCCAUCCAUGCACCCACACCUGUGUCAGCGCCGUCUCCAGCACCCACACCAGCGCCAUUACAUCCUUCUCUCCCUGCAAAACCCGGCACACUACCUCCAAAACCGGCGACAACGCCAGCUCCAGAAAGCACACCAGCGCCGAUUGUCGCGCCUAAGCCCACGCCCGCGGCGCCUCCGCCCGUCGUUGUGCCACCGGAGCCAGCUUUGCCUCCGGACCCCCAGAUUCAUCAGUACGAAGAGAACAAGCACCGCUGGUCCUGGCUCGCGCUCCGCGUCGCACGCGAGAAGUACCUGCGGCUCUUCGGUCACAUCGCCACCGGUGACAUCCUGAUGCUUGCGCAGGCGAUCGAGGACGAGCGGAAGAAGCUCGCGGAGGAGGCCGCGAACCCGGGCAAGGGCGAGAAGGAGGAGCCCGUCGGAGUGUCGUCGCAGAGCUCGGUGAGCAUGGCGGACAGCAGGGGCGAGCUUGCUGCGUCCGAGACCGUGAUGGCGGCGGCAUCGCCGGAGAAGAUCGAGGCGCCCCCGGACUCCGAGGCUGAGCCUGUGGUUGACGCUGCGGUAGAGCCCGAGAAGCCCGUCGCAUCGCAGGAUGGGGAAGGUGAUGUGAAGAUGGAGGGGUAGUAGUGGCUGCACUUAUUCCCGUCUGGCAAGAGAGCAUAUAUCUCUACUUGUACCUGGUUCAAGCCAAGAUGCUGUGGCGCCUGUCGCGAACAGUUAUACUCAGCUAUAAGCAGAGCGUGUAGUGUUUAGGAAGCGUCUCAGAACGGCGCUCAUGCUAUCCACGACAAAUCC